AUGAAAAAGAACGAUCCCGUUCGCAGGAAAAACUACGUAAAAUUUUUGAUCAGAGAAGAAGAAAAAGCUAACAAAAUUAAAGAAAAAACAAAAGAAAAGAGAGAUUUAAAAGAAGCGAUAUCAGGGAUUGCUAAUAGUCUCAAUCUAGAAGACAGCAUUGAGAUAAACAUGGACGGGCCAAAGAAAAUCAUAUCAAGGCGAUCCCAUGAGGUAACAAUGAAGAAAAAGAUCAGAAAAUGGAAAAAAGAGCCACUGCCAGCUGAUGCUAUGGACGAAUAUACAGAAUUCUAA